GUAGCUGCACUUUAUUAUAUGGGAAUGGCAGGCCAUUUUGGUCUCGGUAACACCAACACCCUAGCUACAAUCGAUGUUGCUGGGGCUUUUAUUGGUGUCUUGAACCACUCAACUGUACUUUCUGGCGUCUUAAUGUUCAUCAUUACAUAUGCUUCACCAAUGUUAUACCUCCUUAGCAUGGUGAUGUACAAUUCUGUGAAGGACACAAGUGGUUUCAUAAUUUCCCAGGACGGCAACAUUGACUCGUUGCUCAAGAGGACACUUGGUUUUCCUUGUCUGGUUCCGUUGGGUUUGAAUUCCAUUCUUUUGGUAGCUUACACAAUUGUGUUGCUGCUAAUGAGAAAUCAUUUAUUCGUUUGGAGCGUAUUUUCUCCCAAGUUCUUAUACGUUUGUGCUACAACCGUUUGUGUCUGCCUUGGUGUAUCUAUUGUGUCUGCGACUAUGUUCUAUAUCUGUCUGGUCUUGGUAUACCGAGAGAAGUUGCAGAGUCAUACAGACAUAGUCAGCUAACCCGAUCCAAGUAUUUCUCCAUCGCGAGGUAUGCUAGUUGCUUUAGUCUUUAAGGUGAUUUAUACAUUCUGAGGAAGUUGUGGAUCAGAAUAAAGCAUGCUACGCAAAAAGCUCGCUUUCACUGUAGUCUUUCACACUUCAAGCAAAACAUUUUUGACAGUAAACGAUUAAUUUUUUCUGUUCAGCGGCCAAAAUGGUUGACUGGGAAAAGCGAGAACAUUGAGCUGUAGAUUUUUAGUUAUUAGUUCAAAUCUAUUUUCUUGCGAUUUUCGCUUGAAUAUAAUGUAUGUGUCAGUUUAAAUCUGUCGAACAUCCCUUCUAACUUCUAGAGGCUCUUUUAAAA